AUGAACAAACCUUUGCCAAGCCUGGUCCCCUGCCCUACUUUGCUGUCCGUCAAUGUGCUCUGGUUAGUCACUACCAUGGGGGGUAUCUUCGGUUGGUUGCAUCAACAGGAUACAAACGAUAUCAGCAACCUUUCCUGGGGUAUAGUGAUUCCGCUGUUGUUCUUCAACAACCUCAAUAUUUUCGUUUGCUUUUGUGAGAUCGCUUUGGGGGCAUAUCAUUCCUAUAUCCUGCGUGAUUAUCAACAAAUGAAGGAUCGCUAUGUCACGAACAGAGACGAAGGAUUGGCUUUCUUAGAUUUGGCCAACAUGCCAAUUCCCUGGAGCCGUCUCUUCGAUCCCAAGCUUUAUUGUCGCAUGUGGGCUAGCUAUUGUUUCCUUGACGCGGGUUACCACACUUGUGAAAGCUUUGCAUUUUGGAUUGAUGUGGGCAAUGGCUACUCCACUGCCCCCUGCUGUCUCUUGAUGAAUGCAGCCAUUGCCAUUCCACAGCACGUUUCCCCCCUCUUGGUUGGAUGUGUCUGCUUGGCCACCUACUGGCAAAUGGUAUACGGGACACUUGUAUACUUUACAGCAUAUAUUUGGAACAAAAGAUACGAAAACAAACCCCAAGCUGUUUGCUGGGGCAUUGUUGGCACUGCCAAUAUGAUUUGGAUCGUCUUCCCCGCCAUUGGGAUGUAUGCGUGUGUGUCUAUUUUGGAUAAGAAGGACUUUUCUGUCUUGGGGUAUUGA